AUGGCCAUUCCCAUUUCAGAGUAUAGAGAUUUAUGCCGCAUACUGCAGUCCCUGACCGCGUCUCAGAGCAGCCUUGCUCAGGAGAUGGCAGCUAUUCGAGCUCACCAGGAGCAGAUGUUGACCAACCAGGCUCAACACACUGCCAUCUUGAGGCAGCUCCAGCAUCAUCUCGGUCUUCCAUCAGCUACUGAGCAUCUCACCCCCACCGCUGCAGUGCCACACUCACAGUUUUUCUGCAGCUCCUUUUAUUUUAUUUUUCCAUACAGGGAUCACCGAGGCAAUAGAGCUGCCACUUUUGAUGGCAUUGAGGAGGGUGGUAUCAGGGCCUCGUCUUCCUACUCCCAUGAAAUUGAUGAAGUUGAUAAUGAAACUGCAGUGGAUGGACUGGAAGAUAGAGUUGUUAUGCUGAAGCGAUUGACGGGUGAUAUACAUGAAGAGGUAGAGAGCCACAAUCGCAUGCUUGAUCGUGUGGGGAAUGAGAUGGAUGCAUCAAGGGGAAUCCUCUCAGGAACCAUGGAACGGUUCAAGAUGGUGUUUGAGACCAAAUCAAGCCGGAGGAUGUUUACGCUUAUUGCAUCGUUUGUGGUCAUUUUCCUAGUCAUAUACUACCUGACUAGGUAAAUAAUACACUAUGAAGGGUGUGUUAAAAGCAGCUAAGUUUUAUGUUAGAACUGGAAAACCUCUUUUAAUUCUGUUAGUUUCUUCUGUUUAUAAGAUACCGGACCGUGAGUUUGUGUAAAAAGAUCUUUCGAUGUGUUGGACGGUCAAUGCAUGGAGCAGGGUAGUUGGUAUGCCAUUUGCAGCAUACCAGCAAGCAUUACAGUAAA